AAGUACCGGUGAGAGGUUUGGUAUCAUACAUACGUUUUCCUCCUUCAGAAAUAGAGAUCUAGAAAGGAGACGCACCCUCGCUCUCAAACAGCCAAGUGUGACUCUGUCAGUGUGGCUGUACUUGCUGAGCUGGUGCAACCAGUCUGUGUGUGGAAUAAUCAGGCAAGUCAAUGAACACAGGAACUAUGGAAGUCCUCUCAUUAUGCUGUCUGACACAGGUGAUAUAGUGGUGCAGGUGCAAUUGGUUGCUGGAGAGGAGCAGGCGUUUACAGCAUACGCAGCUUUACCCCUCCAUACCUGGAUCCGUCUGGACAUCUCCUUUCAGGUGUCAGAGGCAAAACUCACAAUUACAAAGAUCUUACCCGCAGGAAAGACUUUGGAGAUCACUCAUCUUUUUGAUUUUCGUCAGCCAGUUCAAUUCAAUGACACAUCAGGAUAUUUUGUGAUUGGUGGAUGCAGCUACAUGCAGGGGAUUCAUGGCUAUAUUGGACCAAUCAAAUACUAUCGUUUAGGCUCAGAAUAUGUGACAAACCCCCUGUCCCCUGUUAGGACGCUAAAGGAGCUGGACAGACUCCACAGACACUGUGAGGAAAUGAGACGGGUUACUGAAGACUAUCUGCAAGCAUUGAGACAAAACCGAGACAUCUCUAGAGAUGUUUGUGAGUGUUUUUAUGGAGACAUUAAGAGGAAGUUUGAUCGUAGGAAAUGCACACAAACUUGGUCGUGGGACCAGCAAAGAAGAUUCAACCUCACCCUGAGGCUUCUAGAAGAACACCAGGAGCUCAUAACAGGUCUGGGCAACAGCAGCAGACAUUUGCUACGUCUAGGCCGAGUGAUUUACCAGGAUGCGGUAAAGACAAUAGCUAAAGCAGAGGAAUCUGCCGGCAGUCUGGAUCUCCUGUCCACUAUUAUUCAGCAGCUUCAGGUGUCCUCCUGCUGGGGCCACCAGCACUCCUCUCUUCUGCUCGCUACCCUGCACCUGGCCGGCCUGGGUGUCCCGGUGGACCUGGAGCAGGGUCAUGUCUAUAGUUUGAUAGGCGGUGUCUCUGAUGACCGUCUCGCUCUGAUGCAUUUGGGAUACAAGCACAUGCAGGGUCUGGACGGUUUCCCCAAAGACCAGAACACAGCUUACGGGUACUACGCCAACAUCGGCAAACAGACCAGCAUCGACCGCGAUAAAGUGCAAGACUCUUCGCAAACUCUCACAGAACAUGUUCAUUUAAACAAUGACAACGAACUCCACACUCAAGCGGGCGAGCUGGGCGACAUUGUGCAGUAUUUGAAACACCAGGCUGACAGAGGAGAUGUAGAAUCUCAGAAAACUCUGGCCAGGAUGCAUUUUUGGGGCAGUAACGGGGUGGAGAAAGACAUUCCCGCAGCAGUCAUGUGGUACACCAGAAGCGCCCUGCAGAUGGUCGAUCCCACCGCCAUGUACGACUACGCCAUUCUCCUUCUGAAGGGCACAGGAGUGAAGAAGAACCGAACGCUUGGCCUUGAGCUUCUGGAGAAAGCUGCCGACAUGGGUUCUGUAGAAGCUCUGAAUGGCCUCGGAUGGUACUACAGUAGCAUAGUAAAGGAUGGAAGAAAGGCCUUUCGAUACUUUGAGUUGGCGGCUCAGAACGGCAGUUCUGAUGGGCUCUUCAAUGUGGGCGUCUACCAGUUAAAUGGUGACAAUCCUGACAAACCAGACAGGAAUGAGACUGCUGCAUUCCACUACUUCUUGCAUGCAGCUCAGCGGGGUCAUGUGGACGGCGCUGUGCAGUCGGCAUUGUUUCUCUCCACUGGAGCCGUACAAGGAGUGCCAAGAGAUCAAGACAAAGCUGUGCUGCUGUUGAAGCGAGUCAGUGAGAUGAAUGGGCACCUGGGCUUCAUGGUUAAAGACGCUCUUCAAACUUAUCAAAGAGGAUCAUGGCAUGAAGCGUUGGUGAAAUAUGCCAUGCUAGCAGAAACUGGUCUCGGUGUGGCACUGCACAAUGCUGCCCAUCUGUGCGAGGUGUUAGGUCACAGUUCUGCCUGCCAGUGGAGGUACCACAACUACUCCACCUACAAUCACAUCCCUCAGGAAGUUGGUUUGUUGCGGAUGGGGGAUUAUUACAGUGAACUAGCUGAUGUGGUGAAGGCCAUGUACAUGUACAGUACAGCAGCAGUGCAUGGUAGUGCCCAGGGCCUCUUUAAUCUGGCCAUGUUAAUUGAAGAUGGUUAUGACGUUCCUGACAUCAUUCUGGAUCAGAUGGGACUCUCAGCAGCACACAGUGUGAGCCGGAGCGCUGUGGUGGCAAAUCUAUUAUCCAGGUGCAGGGUGUUUGAGGAGGGGGACGUGACUCCAUGCUCAUUAGUCCUGUGGAGGAUGGAGUUGAUGCGAGCGUGGAGAGACUUCACACACAGCUCUGUUCAGCUGCCGCUGGCCGGUGGGAUUUUCGCCUCACUCGCGGUUUUUGUAUUUGCUGUGCUGUUACGAACUCUUCUGGCAUGUUACUCUGCACUGUACCUGUCAGCCAGCCAAUCAUCAGAGAGACACGGUGAACUUGGCGGGCAAGAAAUCAGCGACAGUCCAAUGGAAACCAGAACAGAGAAUCAACAGCCUACAGUUUCACACUAUCCUCUUUCAAUGCAGGAAACAUCUGAUUUAGUCAUGACAGUGACUGGAGUGCGUGUGUGUCUCAUCUUUAUGAUGUUCAUUUCCCAUCUGCUUUGAAAAGAACAUAAGACUGUGCUUCAAGAAGUUACACAUCAACGGUCACUAUCAAUCGACUCUCUUCAACUCAGGUUACUGCAACUGAACCAGUAUAAAUUGCUUUGGAUAAAAGCAUGAACAAAAUGGCUAGUCAGUUUUGCAGUAACCUGUGUUGUUCAUCUACUUUCUUUAGGUGAAAUAAUGUUUGAACACUUGAAUGUUUGCAGUGCAAAUAAAUGCCACAUGA